UAAGAAGCGGAAUUUUAUUCUGGAUCAGACAAAUGUGUCUGCUGCUGCCCAGCGGAGGAAAAUGUGCCUGUUUGCAGGCUUCCAGCGGAAAGCUGUUGUCGUUUGCCCAAAAGAUGAAGACUAUAAGCAGAGGACACAGAAGAAAGCAGAAGUAGAGGGGAAAGACCUCCCAGAACAUGCUGUCCUUAAAAUGAAAGGAAACUUCACCCUGCCAGAGUUUGCUGAAUGCUUUGAUGAAAUAACCUAUGUUGAACUUCAGAAGGAGGAAGCCCAAAAGCUUUUGGAGCAAUAUAAAGAAGAAAGCAAAAAGGCGCUCCCACCAGAAAAGAAGCAAAACACUGGCUCAAAGAAGAGCAAUAAAAAUAAGAGUGGCAAGAACCAGUUCAACAGAGGUGGUGGCCAUAGAGGACGUGGAGGAUUCAAUAUGCGAGGUGGCAAUUUCAGAGGUGGAGCUCCUGGGAAUCGUGGCGGAUAUAAUAGGAGAGGCAAUAUGCCACAGAGAGGUGGCGGUGGUGGAAGUGGUGGAAUAGGCUAUCCAUACCCCCGUGGCCCUGUUUUUCCUGGCCGAGGUGGUUACUCAAACAGAGGGAAUUACAACAGAGGUGGAAUGCCCAACAGAGGGAACUAUAACCAGAACUUCAGAGGACGAGGAAACAAUCGUGGCUACAAAAACCAAUCUCAGGGCUACAACCAGUGGCAGCAGGGUCAAUUCUGGGGUCAGAAGCCAUGGAGUCAGCAUUAUCACCAAGGAUAUUAUUGAAUACCCAAAUAAAACGAACUGAUACAUAUUUCUCCAAAACCUUCACAAGAAGUCGACUGUUUUCUUUAGUAGGCUAACUUUUUAAACAUUCCACAAGAGGAAGUGCCUGCGGGUUCCUUUUUUAGAAGCUUUGUGGGUUGAUUUUUUUUUUCUUUUCUUUUUUGUACAUUUUUAAUUGCAGUUUUAAAGUGAAUCGUAAGAGAACCUCAGCAUUGUGCACGAUAAGAGAAUGUGUCAGUAUUUCAGGGUUCUACAUUUUAUCUGUAAAAUGUGACUUUUUUUUUAUCACAACAAAAGUAAAAUGUUGCUUUGUACCUGGUGUCUUUUAUUAAGCAUUUACUCCCCCGUUUCUCACAGAGAAUAACAGUCGGGAGUCAUUGUCACAAUAAAAUAGCAAUGUUAGCAACCAGAUUCAUGGAAGGACUAAGUGUCCUCAUGAAUUGCACAAGAUUCUGUACUGCUCAUGAUACACUCCAUCCUCUCUGUGAACUGGUGGGUAAUAGUGAAAGAAAUUUCUGACAAACCGGGAAGGCUAUUCUUUUUUUCUGUUCAACAACGGAAUUUGGAACAAUUGGGAAUGAAGAUAAAAUUUGGAACCAAGAUUUGAGAAGAUGGAGUGUAUGUAGAAGGGCUUUUAAAAAUGUAAACUUGGUUGCAUUAUAUGUGGAGGCUCAAACUUGUGAAGGUUAAAUACCAUAAAUUUUUCCAUUUGUUCUGCAUUUUGAUUCUGAAAAGAAAGCUGGCUUUGCCCAUUUCUUAUUAAAAAAAACUUGUUGUAAAUCCAGUUGUCUAAUGGGAUCUAUAUGAAGUUAGCUAUGUCUGUAUGCCCUUCUCCCACAAAAUACUGUAACUAGUGUGCUUGUAGUAGUUAACUCCACCAUCUUUGUAAGCUAAUGAAAUUGUGAGUCACCCAUUUAUAUCUUUUAAUCAUGUCAGUUCUUGAAUGGGUAUCUCCUUAGCCUGCUGAUUUCUUUUUCUUUCUAAAGAAAGUGGGUGGAGAAAUUAAUUUAGACAUUUGUUUGCAAUAAAAGAAUUCAUUUUA